AUGGUAUUUCCAUUAAGUAACAACUCAGACAACAAGAAUCUUCAAAUGACAUACAACAAGGACAUUGACAGGACAGACAACAAGCAAACCCACACAACCAACAAUGAGGUCACCAACAUGACAGACAAUGGCUGUACCAAUAGAUCUAGGACAGGUGACAAGGACACUGACUUGACAGACAACAGCACCCACACGACCAACAACAAGGAUGCUUACCUGUCAGCUUCCAACAAUAUUAUCAACAAGAAUGAUAAGCUUACUGAGGGAUCAGGACUACCUGCACGUUCUGAAGAGUUCGAAAGGACAAUAUGUCAAGGAUUCUCUACAAUCACAGGCCCAUCCCUUUCACUCACCAACAUUGUAAAGCAAUUUCUACUACCAGAGAUCAACUUUGAACCUAUUUUCGAGAGGGGAGCACUAUCAGCCACUGAAUUCAAAAAAAUAGACAGUGAAAGUUUGACUGGUGGAACAGUUGUAACCAAGGUUGAGUACCUGGUUCCUAAGAAGUGGAAGCUCAGUAAGGAGGUAUUCAAUAGCAACAGGCCUUGUAAAUGCAAUGCUAGGGAACAGUCCCCCCCAGGUUUUAGAAUAACUUUUACAGCUCUCAAGCAACUUGAGGAAAUGAUCAAGGAACUGGCAGACAAGGAAAAAAAACUUGACAAAUUCAUCUGUGGUAAUCAUGCUGGAGAAAGUAGUAGGGUACAGGAUAACAGAGAAGGUAACAGAAGAGUGCUUGGAAACUAUCAAUGUAUUUGGUUUGUCAAUCCUAUUGAAGAGCUAUACUGA